AAUCAGCACUGUGCCAAACCCUUCAAGAACAGCAAAAGUGUUCAAGUAUUUAUUGCACUUUAUUGCUUCCUGGAUCAUUUAAAAGGAAUCACUGACAAACAACCAUUUACACAGGCUUGAAAGUUUGCCUUGGAUGUACUGAGCGGUUCUGUAUUUCAAAAUGCAGACGUACCUUCUUUCCCAGCAAUUUAACACUAGGUCUUUGGCAGAAAACUCCACGGCUUGUCCAGCAAAUGCUACUAUUUGCAAUGGCACAUCUUGUGUGCUAAAGGAAGAAAAUAUUAAUGAAACUUUGAGCAUAGUUUUAAGUACUGUUCUAACAGUCAUGCUGGCUUUGGUGAUGUUCUCCAUGGGUUGCAAUGUGGACCUCAGGAAAUUCUGGGGCCACAUAAAAAGACCCUGGGGUAUUUUCGUGGGUUUCCUUUGCCAGUUUGGAAUUAUGCCUCUCACAGGCUUCUUGCUGGCCCUGGUUUUUGACGUGCUUCCUGUUCAAGCUGUCGUGGUGCUGAUCAUGGGAUGCUGCCCUGGAGGCACAACCUCCAAUAUCAUCGCCUACUGGGUGGAUGGAGACAUGGACCUAAGCAUCAGCAUGACAACUUGCUCCACACUGCUUGCAAUGGGAAUGAUGCCACUUUGCCUCUUUGUUUACGCCAAGGUGUGGACUGAUUCUAACGCAAUUGUACUCCCCUACGACAGCAUUGGAAUUUCACUGGUAGCUCUUAUAGUUCCUGUUUCAUUUGGAAUGUAUGUUACCCACAGAUGGCCUAGUAAAGCAAAAAUCAUAAUUAAGAUUGGUUCCAUUGCGGGAGCAGUCCUCAUCGUGCUCAUUGCUGUGGUUGGGGGAAUACUCUACAAAGGCUCCUGGAUUAUCUCACCCAAAUUAUGGAUCAUUGGCACCAUAUUUCCCGCAGCUGGCUAUUUUCUGGGAUUCUUUCUGGCCCGCGUAGCUGGUCUGUCUUGGCACAGAUGUCGUACAGUGUCUCUGGAAACAGGCAUGCAAAACAGUCAGCUAUGUUCAACUAUAGUACAGCUCUCUUUCAGUCCCGAACAACUCGAACAGAUGUUUACUUUCCCACUCAUCUACAGUAUUUUCCAGCUGUCGUUUGCACUACUAAUUUUAGGAGGCUACCGUGUUUACAGAAGACACCGGGUCAAAACAAAGACAGAUGUGGAGAAAACAGAGGAAAAAAAGGAUUCAAAAUCAACACCAUCACCUGCUAAAAUAAAUGGAGGAUUUGUAUCAAAUGAGACCAAAUAGACAACUACCUCUGUUACCAACAGCUGAAAAGAUAUAAGACAUAUGGUUUACUUAAAACUAUUUUUUUCACAAGCCAUUAUUUUAUGGAAAUAUUUAACAAAAGGAGACGUUCUGCUGAUAUUGUACCAUAAGACUUAUGAGUCUUAUGAAAGAUUUAUACUUUGAUUUUAAACACAGUUUCUGCACAAUUGUAGAAUAUCAUUUUUAAGUUAAUUGUCUAAAAAUAUUUAAUGUUUCAUUAUGGAUUAUUUAAAGAAAGGCAGAAUAAAGGUGGGUUAUAGCUGAAAAGCCAAGCAGAUAUUUGCAUUAACAUCUCCAGCCCAUGAUUCUGCAAAUCCGUCUUACUGGUCUCAGCCCCCACAGCAAACAGAGAAAACUUGUAGAAGUACCUGAGCAGCAACAGAAGUUGAUGUGAAAGAUCUGAUAAGGCUGGAGAACUUUCGCUGAACAUGAAUCAACCAUGAAAUUGGAACAAGCUGAUAAUGAAAUAUAGUUUUAUUUAGGUCAGUCUGGGCAGACUAAAGUCAUUGCACUGUACUAAUUGCUUGAAGCAUUAAUUUAUUCUAAAGCUAUAAUUUUAACAAGUGCAAGGUACCUUAUGACUCUAUUUUUUGCCCAAAGUAAUAGAAAGUAACAGCUUUGCAUCUUCAGCCUGGAUAUUUUAGGUGCUGGAAACAUGAACAGAGAGCCAAAGCUGAGGGCAUAAGCCUAGAGCAAUUUUAGUGUGACAGCUGCAUACAGAGGAGCAGGCAGAGAUUCUGGAAAUGUAAGAAAUUAUCAGCUUCUGCAGCAAAAGGGAAGCAUUUGAAAAUAGAACAAAAUCGUCCCUGAUUAAUCCAGGACUGCUUUCACCACUGUUAAAAUGAGACAAUAGCGCUUGUAGAGGAUUAUAUAUUUUCAUUAUUUUAUGUACUCAAUAAAUUUGAACUUACCAGGUGUCUGUGACAUGUAGAUACUGAUAUAAUUGACAACUUUAAGAUUUUAAUUAUAUGAACCACAGACAGAAAUAAUUGGAUGUACACAUACAUUAUUUGUCUCUGAAAAUUCAAGAGUACAUAGGAAAACUGUCCUAACUGUGUGGAGAAAAUGAGUAUAAUUCUAAAAGAAACAGUGCAGUAGAUUUUUUUCAGCUGUGCUUUUUUAUGGAUACAUUCAGUAACGUUAGUCCUGUACCUCUCAUGUAAAGGAAACAUCCAGAGAACUUCAGAUCAAAUGAGUGAGAGGUUGGCUGACCAAAAGAUUCAAGAAUAAGCCAACUCUCAAGACAUGGAAACUAUACACCUCUUUGUCAUGUUCAAGUAGACCUUUUGAGGUGUUGUGGGUUCAUAUGGCUAUUUUUUUACAAACACAACUGAAAUUGUGGAAUUUAAGUUCCUGCCAUAUAGCUUUCCACUGCUGCAGAAACAUGUCCAGUAUUAAACAAAGAAUAAAUUAUUUCUAUCUACCAUAUGAGGAGGAAAGGGUCUCAGAAUGUUCCUGAGUUCUGGGAGGCUUGAAGCUGUUUCACUUUUGGGGGGAGUUCAGAGUGGCCUUAAAGUCCAAGGAGGAGUUUAACACUUAGCAGGAGUUAGCACAUAACGAGGCAUGCUAUGUUUUAUAGAACAAAGAUUAAACAGAAAAGUGUAGAGAAGUCUGUUAUGGAGGAAUUAUAAAAGUGAAAUAGCACAUUCAUUGAGAAAAGGAUAGACUGCUUUUGUAACAUCUGUAGUAAAAAGACUGUUGUCUUUAGCCUGCAUCCAUUUAAAAAUGGGCAGCAGAAGUUAGUUAAGAUAAUUUCUUACACACCAAGCCACUACUCUUUCCCCACGCUAAACUUCAAUGCUUCUGUGCAUAUUUUAAGCAGAUUUUGAAAAUGUAUUGAAGAAUAAUAGUUUGUCUUGCUUAUACUCUGUGUGUGUGU